AUGAAUGAUGCUGAUCGUACCUCCAUCCAUGAGGCUAUGGAGCAGCAGAGUAUAUCUAUAUCUAAAGCGGGUAUUGUGGCAUCCCUCUCAGCCAAGUGCUCAGUCGUAGCAGCUGCUAACCCUGUCGGAGGUCGAUAUAACCCUAGUCUUACCUUCACUGACAAUGUAGACCUCACGGACCCCAUCUUAUCCCGUUUCGAUGCUCUAUGCGUGAUACGAGAUGAGAUAGAUAUAUUCCAAGAUGAGCGUCUGGCUGACUUUGUCGUCUGUACCCAUAUGCAAAACCACCCUCGUGAGCCUAACGACAACGUGAGGCCUCGGAACCAGGAGACGGAAGCACUAUACGAACCCAUCGAUCAAGACCUUCUGAGGAAAUAUAUCCUCUAUGCAAGGACGAGCGUCUUCCCCAAGAUAUCAGACGUUGAUGCGGACAAGCUGGCUAACUUCUACAAGGAGAUUAGAUCAGCUGCCUCUGAUAGUCACGGGCUUCCGAUGACGGUAAGACACAUAGAGUCGAUGAUCCGUAUGGCUGAGGCUAGUGCUAAGAUGGAGCUUAGAGACUACGUCACUAGUAAGGACAUUGAUCAUGCUAUUGCUACUAUGCUGAGUUCUUUCAUCAUGACACAGAAACAUGCUGUAGCUGAGAGGCUCCGUAGAAGGUUCGAAGCCAAAUACAUCUCUAGCGUAACAGAUCAUAACGAGUUGCUGCACUUCAUGCUUAGGAAGAUGUUCAAACAACAAAUGGAUUUGAUCCUGCUUACUACUGGAAUCGGUAGGGAUGCGGCUGAUGUUGAUGACGCUGACAUGCCCGAAAUAACCAUCGACAAAGGAGCGUUUAUUCAUGAGGCUCAGCAAGCUGAUCUGAGAAAUGUCCGUGAGUAUAUGGAAUCAGCCUUGUUCGCUGAGGUCUUCACUCUCGAUGAAGAUGGGAAGACUAUAAGACGGAAGGCCGUGGCUGCUUAG